CCAAAUCUAAUACCUCAUGUAGGGCGACGCUGUGAGAUGGGGCCCGGAUGGACACCUGCAUUUCAUCGGGAGGACGAACGCUGGUCAAGUCAAGAUCCGCGGGCAGCGACUGGAGCUUGCGGAGAUCGAGGCGGCCAUUCGCAGAACCGACUUAGCCAGCGAUGCCGCGGUCGUUUACCUCAAAUCCUACGGGGAUAAUAACGAUCUGCUUAUUGCGUAUGCUGUUGCUGCUGCACCAGUGCCACUCUCGGAGUCUCACGCUCCCUCCUCACGGCUACUCGAGACGCUGCGCGAAAGCCUCCCAUCAUUCAUGAUCCCCCACCUUGUGUGCUGGAUCCCGACUCUUCCUCUCUUGCCCAACGGCAAGGUGGACCGCUCCCAGCUCCGGGCCCGUGCUACCGUUGACGCCAAUACCAUGCUGAACGAUCACGCAGAGGAAGAAGGUUCAGAUGAACCCGGGGAUGAAGUCGAAGAGCGCCUCUGUAAGAUCAUAGAGGCUCUUCUCGGUCGCACACCAAUCCGCCGGUCUUCGAACUUCUUCGAUGCGGGCGGCCAUUCGCUCCUUGCCUCUCGCUUGGUAUUUCGGAUACAAGAGGCUUUCGACAUCCCGUUCACUCUGAUGAAUGUCUUCAACAUGCCUGUGAUCAAGGCAAUGGCGGACGAGAUCAAGCAAGCAAUAGCCACCAAGGUAUCCAAUCAGCCAUCGACGACUACUCCGACGACUACUCCGGUAUCUGAGAAGUUCCACAUACCCCCGGUGCUCGCCUUCUCCGAAGAACCUGACAAACUGUUCUUGUUCUGUAUUCCCAUGAUUACUGGUCUCGGCCACAUAUUCGCAGCGCUGUCUCGCUCUACCGACCUGUUCAACGUCGUCGCUCUCAACGAUCCUGGGUAUGUCGCACUCGACGAGUUCCCCCAAAAUCAGCCGUCGACAGGUCACGCCGGUACCCUGCGUAACUCGAGCAUGCACACGAUCGAGAGCCAGGCCAAGUACUACUACGCGCGGAUUGUCGAGGAGCUGGGGCGCAUCGGCAGUGCUACGCCCGGAAGCGCGCGGUUCAAUAUCCUAGGCUUCUCUUACGGUGGGAAUGUCGCAGUGGAGGUGGCACACCUUGCGCAGAGCGCUGGUUGGACCGUCAACCUCUUUGUGCUCGACUCGGAGGUGCACCUCAUGCAUGAGAUCGAGCAGAUGCAAACGUAUCUCGACAAGAUUGCGCGUGCAGUCCUUCCGAUGGCGAUGAGCGCCGUCGGGCUGCCUUUCGACGACAUGGGCGAGCAGGGCGCGCGCCUGAAGCACGACAUCGAGGUCCGCACCCUGGCCAACUCCCGUGCGCUUUAUGCGCAUGUGAUGCCGCGGUACGAGGGGCACGUCACGCUGUUCCGCGCGGAGUUGAACGUGAACCACGGUUUCGUCCCGCUCGUCGGCUCGUUGGAUGAGGUCGUGUUGCGCGGAGAUCAUUUCCGUCUGCUCGAUGAAAGGUCUGGAAACUUGUCUGUCAUCAGCACCAAGGUUUCCGAAGUCAUACACGCAUAGGCCUCGUCGUCGUUGCUCGAUAUUCGUACAUUUUGGCCGUAUUACAUCGUUAGUUAUUUUAUAUAUCAUCGAGUUCAUCCAUACGCAUACUGAUAAGCCGCUCAUGCGCAUUGGAACGAUCUGCGGCGACAUUCCGCAUAUCACGGGUCAAAGUACUCGGUUAUUGGUGUUGUCGCGUGCGUCAUUCGUGACGUCGGGACUGACGUCUCCUCCGAGACAGUCGUCCUGCACGAUCUCGAUCGACAUCGGCGACCGCCAAGUACCUGGACGACUGCUUUGCUGCGAACAUAGCUCUUGGGCGCUGCCGGGAUUUGUUCGUCCCGCGAUGUCUUCGACUUCCAGACUCUUUUACAAGAAAGCUUCUCGUAUGACGCGUCUCGUCUGCUCGACUGUCCCACUUUUCCCCUGCACGGAUCAGCAUAUCCUCCUUACACAACACUAGCAUAUCCACCAUGGUUCGCGCGCAGGGCUGAUGACCGUCUACACGGCCCUCAUCGCCAUCUCUGCUGUCAUCCCCUCCCGCUCUCCAAUGCCAUCGUGCGCUGGGCACAUGACCCCUCUCCGCAAGUGCAAUGCCCCUGCGUCGUGGAUGCGCGGGAUCCAGGCUACACCGUCUAAUCGAGGCUAUAGUGCUUGGAGCGUGCCGGGCUGGGGACGGUCUUAGGUCAGACCUAGUCUCGAUAUCCAUACCCUGCGUCUCGGUUCUAGCUUACCCAUUGAUUACCGGUAAGUGUCGGAGCUUUAACUCCCCUGCAGAACGCUUCCACUCUGCAGCGCGAUUUAAACUCCGCUUACUUUGAACCCUUUACUGCAAAAACUUACUUAGCCUGGGAACGAAUGGUCUGGAACCGAGACUACAUUAGACCAUAACAUGAGCUCAACGAUGUAUUUAGACAACAUGAUACCAACGCUUCUCUAUACUACUUGAAGC